AGCCACUUAUCAACCUCUGCCUUUUUUUUCUUUUGCAAUAAGCCCCAACUGCACAAUCUUAUGCAACUGUAAAGAAGGAACAACAGUAAACUGCUUCGGGUGGAAUAUGAGCGCGCUCAUUGAAAGUGUCGUGCAAAGUAAUGCUGGAGAUACACUCACACCCGCACAGUUACAUGCGUUAAUCGGACUUGUGAGUGCCUCUCCUGUUGUUCUGCCUCGCACGCAUGCUUUGUUCCAAAAACUCUCCGCUAAUUUUUCUCAUCUUUCGACAUCAGAAGAGUCGUUGCUGAGCGUCAAGCUAUGUCUUCUUCUUUGCGCAGCAGUCCCGCUGAGGGAUGUCGUGUUCUCCAUUGUGGAGAACCACAGCGAGGCCGUUGAGUCCGCAGUCGCGCCAAGCAUUGCCUCGCUUUCAGCUCCGCGAUCGUCGAGCACCUCUUUGUCAGUCGGCAGUGAAGGUGAAAAGAUUCUGUCGUAUCUGAUUUUAGUCAUGCUCGCGGCAGGUAAGGCGAAAAUGAAGGCCAAAGAUCUUGUCGAGUUUGUGGGCUUGAAUGUGGAAAGUGCGACGCAGAUCCUUGUGAUGUUAUACGCUGAUGUGUGCGGAGCCGUACCUGGCGUAGCCCCUGUGGUUUCCGGCUCGCUUCAGACGUAUCUUUCUCUCUGCGUUGUGCAGGUGCUGCAUCAGCUGACCUUCUGGACGACGUACGACGACCUGCUCUCGCAAUUUGGAAUCGGAAGCAACACCCAAAAAGCAGUUUCGAAAAACACCGAUGGUACACCCCUUGGGGUGUCUGCCGGGCCAUACCGGCAUCAUGUAGGACAGAUAAUCUCCUACUUGAUCAAGUACGACUUCUGCCGGUUCGCGGUCACGCACAUGUCGAGACUUACUCGCUCGCUUUCAGAACCCGUCCUAGACAGCGAGCCUCAGCUCCGCGAGCACCUUACGCUCUUCAAAUCGCUGUUGACGCAGACAGAUCAGUUUGUCAGUGCGCUCCGUCGGAUCAUUUCCAAAUACGGAUUUUUGGAAAACGUCUGCGAUCCGCUCAUGCAAGCACUCUCUGGGCAACAACUCCUCACCGCGGAACAUGUCGCGUUGCUUAUCCAAUGCGUAGACGUGGCCGCCACUGUGGCGUUCCGCAGCAGCGAGAGCCAUCGGUACUGGAACGGGAAGAAAACUGCGCUGCUCAACGUAGUCGAGAACGCGACCGUGAGAUCAGCCGAGUUUGACGCCGCAAGUGGCGAAGAGAUGUUCACGGAGCUUGUGGCGCAGUUGGUGCGAUUAGUCGUCAACUCGCAAUGCAGCGCACCGGCCGCUGCAGUCCAUCAGCUGUGGAAGAUUCAUCUUGAUGAAAUUGGCAAGCAGCGCGUUGCGCACCGGCUGAGCAACCCCAGAAGUCGCAACAGACCAAUUGAUGUUUUCACCCCAGUGUACGAUGCGCUACGAUCCGUCUUCCGGGUUGACAGCGAUGCUCCUGCCGUCGUUGCCGAACAAAGACUCUACGCAAAGAGCGCCUCAAGGGAGCAGCGCCGGCAAGGCUGUCAACCCACUCCGCACACCAGCGGCUGGGGACGAAAUCGAAAUCGAAGUCGUGGGCGAAGGCGCGACGACGACGAAGGCCGGCGGCGACGCUCGCGAAGUCGUGGCGGGGGCCGCCCGUGUCGGUGGCGCCAAUCGCGGCGACAGCGAAGGAAGAGGCGGUUUCAAAUUUUUGCCCAGCACCAAUCUCAAAGCACGGAACUCGACGCAGCCAGUCUCGAGCUCCUAGAAGCAGACGACACUAGCGGCGAUUCUUCGUCGGACGAUAGCGAGGAGGAAAGGACGAAAGCAACAACGGCCUCGCCGGACUUGUCGCGGUGGCGGCGUGGGCCUCCGCCACGCUCCGUACCAACACGAUACGUCUGUUCGCUCUGCCACGCCUUAAUUCAGUCGACUCCUGUGCUAUCUUCAGCGGGAUACAUUUUUGACGAAGAUGUCAUAUUAGACUAUCUGAAAUACUACCAUGUUUGCCCUAUUUCUGGUGCGCCAUUGUUGCCUUCCGAUCUGGUGGUAGACACGCUACUGAAGGAGGAACUCAAUAAAGUCAGGGGCAAUUUUAUUUAA